AUGGGCCUGACUUCUGUUGAGCUCUCAGUGAAUGUAAGGAAGGAUGAAGAGGACCCUCUGUGUUGCCCCCACCCUGGCUGCCCGCUAAGGGCCCAUGUGAUCUGCCUUGCAGAGGAGUUCCUGCAGGAGGAGCCAGGGCAGCUUCUGCCCCUAGAGGGCCAAUGCCCUGGCUGUAAGAACUCACUGCUGUGGGGAGAUCUGAUCUGGCUGUGCCAGAUGGGCACCGAGGAGGAAGAAGAGGACUUGGAAUUAGAAGAGGACCACUGGACAGACAUGCUGGAGACCUGAUCCUCAGCAUCGCCAAAGCUCCACCCACUCCUCCUCUGUGCCACCCCCUGCGGUUCUGGGCCGUUUUUACUUGAGUACAAUAAAAAGUCUGAG